UUGUUCAACCUUUACAUACAGUGACGACAGGCUCUCUCUCUCUCUCUCUCUCUCUCUCUCUCUCAUCAAUCCAUGGCGUCUACAUUCAUUACAGUAUCAAAGGCUUUUACUUCUCACAACAACAACAACAACCCAUCUUCUCUCUCUAACCAGAGACUGUUAGGUGGGUGUAGAAAUUCCGUGAGAGUCUGUGCGAUUGCAAAGGAAAUUGAACCCACAAAGGUUGUUCCGCAAGCUGAUAGAGUCCUGAUUCGUCUAGAGAAGCUACCUGAGAAAACAGCUCUUGGAGUUUUGCUACCCAAAUCAGCUGUUCAAUUUGAACGCCACCUUAUGGGGGAGAUUCUUGCUGUUGGUGCUGAGGUUGAGCAAGUUGAGGCUGGGAAGAAGGUUCUUUUCUCCGACAUAAAUGCUUAUGAGGGAAUGAGGCCUGUGGUUCAUAUACAUCUAACUGGAGAUAACUAUACUCUUCUUAUGUCUUGCUAAUGUAGCAAAGAUUGUAAUGCUGACUAGGGUGACUUUUACGCUAUGUUUGGAUUGUAGAUUUGGGUAGUGAUUUGGAAAGGGAAAAGAAAGGGCGAGGGAAAGCUUAUAUUUCAUUCACAUUUCUCUUUUUUUUUUUCCUUUCUCUUUCCAAAUCUCUACCCAAAUCUAUGAUCCAAACACAGCCUUAGAGUGGGGCUGGUUAAAUGAUGAGGGGUUUGCUAAGCCCUAGCAGGUAAUAGACCCCAUAUCUGCUGAAUAUCUAUUGAUUGCAUCCUUCAUAGGCAAGUUGAGAUAUUGAUUAAGCGGAUGUUACUUGUUAGCAUUUAUUUGUUGUCCUGUUACCAUUGAAAUAACACGACAAUCCUUUUGUUGCUAUUAUUUCCAUGAAUCCAGACAUGGGUAAUGAUAUGCUAGUGU